GGUCAAAACAAUAAUGAAACCUAGCUCGAAUUCAAGUUAUUCAGACAAAUAACACGAGCUAAUAGCUGUUCACAAAAUUUAUAAAAACGAGUGAGUUUGAAGUUACACAGCUUGUAAGUGGAAUAAGUAUGUUUUUACAGUACCCAUACUUGUUUCUUUCUCCUCUACACAAGUACAAAGCAUUCACACACAACACACUCUUUCCUCCGCCACUGCAGAGCCGUUGAUUAUGAUACACGGUCGAUCACAGUAAACAGAGGAUUUCCAAAAGAAUAAUGUCAACAGAUAUGAGUGAUUACACUGAUAUUAAAGAAGGAGAAGCAGAGAUUCUCAUGCAUGCCAAAAAUGAAGUCUUUUACAACAAAACUCAGGUUAAUAACAGAGAUAUAUCAAUUGCUGUCUUGAGGACAUUUAUAUCUAAACAAAAAGAAGAGUACAAGUCAUUCUUGUCCAGAAGAAAAAAAGUACCACCAAAGAUACCUGAAAAACCUAUAUAUGAAACAGAAGUUCCUACCAUAUCUAAUCCUAAAGCAACUAUCGAUUCCGUUAAUGAAAAAUCUGAUGACCAUGACCCAUGUGAAGUUUUAGAAGUAAUACCACACGAUCACCCAUGUAGCGUUGUUAAUGAAGCACUUGAAACUCAAGAAGGAUAUGUUCUAAGGGAACUAAAGCCACCAAGGGUUCUAGAGGCUUUGUCAGCAUCAGGAUUAAGGGCAAUAAGAUAUGCAAGGGAAGUUGAAUGUAUUGGUGAAGUUGUAGCACUGGACAAUGAUAAAGUCUCUGUUGAAGCAAGCAGGAGAAAUAUAAAAUUUAAUGGCUCAGUGGCAUCCUCAAAAGUAGAUUCACAACUUGCUGAUGCUCAUGUUUAUAUGCUUACCAACCCCAAAGAAUUUGACAUGGUUGAUCUUGAUCCAUAUGGUUCACCCUCUGUCAUCCUGGAUUCUGCAGUUCAAUCAAUUGCUGAUGGAGGUAUGCUGAUGUGUACAGCAACUGAUAUGGCAGUUCUAUGUGGUGGCAAUGGUGAGGUUUGCUAUUCCAAGUAAGCGUCUGGAAUCCAUUGCUUUUGGCUAAAGUAUUGCCAUGAAAUGGCUUUGUGUAUCCUACUUGCCUGUAUUGAGAGUCAUGCAAAUCGAUACAAGCGAUAUAUUGUUCCUAUCUUAUCUGUUCAGAUGCACUUCUAUGUCCGCAUUUUUGUCCGUGUAUACACAUCGGCAAGUGCCAUGAAGAAUACCCCUCUCAAGCUCUCUUAUGUUUAUCAGCGUGUUGAUUGUGAUUCCUUUCAUCUUCAGCCAAUUGGAAGAACUGUGUCCAAGAACAACAGUGUUAAAUAUCAACCUGGAUUUGGUCCUGUUGUUCCUCAAGAGUGCAGCGACUGUGGGAAAAAAUAUAAUAUGGGAUGGUCUAUUCCCAUCCAUGAUCAAGAAUGGGUAUCUUCCAUACUGGUGGAUAUAAAGUAAAUGAAAGAUUGCUAUCUUGCUUACAAUCGAAUUUCAGCAGUAUUGACAACUAUUUCCAGGUUUGAAUUGCCUGAUGUUCCCUUGUUCCUGAGCCUGCACAAUCUUUGUGCAACACUAAAAUGCACUUUCCCAUCCGCCGUUAUAUUUCGCUCUGCUGUGAUCAAUGCUGGAUAUCGUAUAUCAGGAACUCAUGUCAAUCCACUGGGAUUAGAAUCAGGCGCUCCUAUGAAUGUCAUAUGGGAUACCAUGCGUUGCUGGGUGAAGAGUCAUCCUGUGAAAGCUCAAUCACCAGAUUAUGAUGGAAGCAUUAUACUUGCCAAGGAAGCAGAGCUUCAGGCUAAUUUUGCCAUAGCUGUUGCAUCACUUAGCAAGGCACAGGCCAAGAAAAUUACCCGCUUCCUACCCAAUCCUGAAAGGCAUUGGAGCCCAAAACUGAAGGCAGGUCGUACUAUCACUAGUAAGCACGUAUCUCUUCUGGGUCCACAUGCUAUAAAUGGCACCAAUAAUAAUGAAGAAAGCGAUGAACCUCAAGCAAAGCGUAAGAAGCCAGAAGAUUCUACUUCAGCAUUAUAAAUAACAUUGUCACUCGUCUCUCGAACUGUUCCUCUAGUAGGGGGAUUAGCCAGCCAAGUGCUCUUUCUACUUCUCAGUACGUGUUGCAUUUCCUUGCAUAAAGAUCUCACAUCCAACAUGCCAUCCAGUCGCAUGAAAUGCAGAUUUCCAGUACAAGUAUGGAACCACAUGAGAGAGUGCCCUUUGAUAUUUUUUAUAGCCUUCCAGGACUCUUCUUGUACUUUAAGUGUUUAACACGUACUCAAUGAGCAUUGUUAUUCUGCUGGCUGUCCAAUAACUUGCAAUGUUUGUCUUGCCUGGUUUUCAUGUUUAGAUAUUUUGUGAUGUUUA